AUGAACAACCUCGAGAACUCCUUCAUCGCCGGCGCUGGCGCCUACGUGAAAGGGAAAUACGCCAUCACAUCCACGGGCGUCGUCCGCAAAGGCACCGGCCGCGCCUUCAGCGUCGUGCCCGAAGAGCUGGAAUGGAACGGCCAAGUCAUCGGCCGCGGGGCCAGCGGCUGCGUGCUGCGUUCGCGUCACCGCCCCACCAACACGCCGCUGGCGCUCAAGAUGAUCAACAUGUACGACAAGACCAAGCGCGAGCAGAUCAUCCGCGAGAUCAACGCGCUCUUCGACUCCAAGUGCCCGAGCCUCGUCACCUUCUUCGGAGCAUUCCUCCGUGACGGCGCCGUGGUGCUCGCGCUCGAGUACAUGGACGGCGGGUCGCUGGAGAAUGUCAUCCACCAGCUCGGUACGAUUCCGGAGCAUGUCCUCGCCAGCGUGGCCUUCCAGAUCCUCCACGCGCUGUCCUACCUCAAGACCAACAAACGCGUGCACCGCGACAUCAAGCCGCCCAACAUUCUGCUCAACAGCCAGGGCCAAGUCAAACUCUCGGACUUUGGCAUUGCUUCCGAGCUCGGUAACUCCAUCGCCAUGUGCGGCACCUUCGUAGGCACCUUCCGGUACAUGUCCCCCGAGCGGAUCCAGCACACGCAGUACAGCUACAGCUCGGACAUCUGGAGUCUCGGCCUCGUGCUCAUGGAGGCCGCCACGGGCGUCUACCCGUACCCAAAGCACAAAACCUGCAUCGACAUGCUGCAGAGCGUGCUAGAAGCGCCGCCGCCAGCUCUCUCGCCUCAGUACUUCUCGCAGGACUUCUGCGACUUCCUCCACCAGUGUCUUCAGAAGAACCCGCUGGACCGCGCCUCGGCCGACACUUUGCUCGAGUCGCCGUGGCUGCAACGCUGCGGAGCCGUCAACCUCGAGAGCUCAAUCGCCAAAGUACGGCAUUGGAUCGACUCGCUUCAGUAA